GGGAAGGAGGUGGUGGUCAGAUGCAAGAUGGCGGCGGGAGAGUGGGUGCGGGGUCUGGCGGUGCUGCAGUUGGCGGCCACGUUAUGUUCCGGCCUUUACUUCCACAUCGGCGAGACCGAGAAGAAAUGCUUCAUCGAGGAGAUACCCGACGAGACCAUGGUCAUCGGUAAUUAUAAAACUCUGAUGUAUGACAAACAGAGGGAGGAGUACCUGCCUUCUCCUCCAGGACUAGGAAUGUUUGUAGAGGUGAAGGAUCCUGAUGAAAAGGUCAUUCUAUCGAGGCAGUAUGCUUCUGAGGGAAGGUUUACAUUUACCUCCCAUAUUCCUGGAGAGCACCAGAUUUGCCUACACUCUAAUUCCACCAAACUCUCACUGUUUGCAUCAGGAAUGCUGCGGGUUCACUUGGACAUCCAAGUUGGUGAACAUGCCAAUGAUUACGUUGAGAUUGCAGCGAAGGACAAACUGUCAGAGCUCCAACUUCGUGUCAGACAACUCAUUGAACAGGUGGAACAAAUCCAGAAAGAGCAGAACUACCAGCGGUAUCGUGAGGAGCGCUUCCGAGUAACCAGUGAGAGCACCAAUCAGCGAGUCCUGUGGUGGUCCAUCGUGCAAACACUGAUCCUAAUUCUGACUGGCAUCUGGCAGAUGAGGCACCUGAAAAGCUUCUUUGAGGCCAAGAAACUGGUAUAGGCCGUGAUCACAAUGACCUGGGUUCAAUUGGUUUAAAAACAGAGGAGGCUGAUUAGCCAAAAGCACGUUUUCAAUUACGCAAUUCAAGCCCUGGCUCGUCGGAUUUUAUCCAAUUUCUUCCCCUUCCCCAACUUCUGUGAUAUGCAGUGCUUCCUACAAAACAGUGGCUGUAAAGUGCUUUGGGGUAUCCUGAGAUUUUGAAAGAUCCUAUAUGAAUGCAAGUUUUUCUUUCCAAAUGGAGAUUACAAAGUAAUGGAUAGUCUGUUUGCCAGGUGUGUUUUUGGAAAGGUGUCCUGACUGAUAAAAAGGCAACUCUUUCCAAUUUGAGUUGACUGCUUUGUUGCCUGUUUGACCCCAGUAUCUUGUUAAAGCCAUUGUCAAUCAAUUCUCUUUUCAUCACACCAAAGCUCUGAAAGCUUCAGUACUAGACUAUUCAAAGUGGAAUUAGGCAGUAUUUAAGCACGCUAAGGUCUGUAUUCCUUGCCGAUCUAUAGUUGAACUGUUUAAAAAUCCAUUCUGUAAUAUUAACGUUUUUGAAACGAAGUAUCCAACAAUGUCCUGUGAACUUCUCUCCAAGUUUAAUUAGUCUAACUUUUAUGUGACCUUUUUGAUUUGAGCCAUCCUUAAGUGUGCAGGGCAGCCUUGACAUGGCUGGCUGUGAUCAUGGAGGAAUGAGUAAUGCUUUACUGUGUUUUCAGACUUGGUCGUAAGGGUAGGCGAAGCAAGAGUUAAUUAUUUAUACAUCUCCGGUUGUAACUGAGUGACUCUGACUUUGGGAGGGCAACACUGCAGAGCAGCUAAGUGCUCUGAUUUUCUUGUUAUGUUCUCAGCACUCUAAUUUAUUGGCCACCAUUUGUUGUGAUCAGAAGCAUUGGGUUUGGUCAUAUCAGUCAUUGCAGCAGCAGGAUGUAGGAAUCGCUGUUUACAUGUUACUGUAGGGUUUGGGGCAGGAUGGUGUCCUGUUUCGAUUUGGUUGUAAAAAGGUUGGUGUUCCAUUUGUGCAGCUGCUCCUGAUCCUUGAAUGUUUGGAGGCAGCUGUAAAUACUUGUACCACGAUUCUGCUGAGUCUCUGUUAUUGACUGGCACAUUGACUUCAUCUGACUACAUUCAAAUUGUUAUUAUUUUUCAAGUUUUGAACUUUGCUGCUUUUUGUGGAUGGAUGAAUAUUGGGUGGAAAUUUAGUUACAUCAAUCAGGGCUUUCUGUUUCUCUCUCUCCUCAUUUCUAUUCGCCGAAGAAAAUGAGUGUGGCCAUUGCUAUGUUCCACUGUUGGCAGCAGUGCAGUUUGAGCUUGAACCGAUAGGGUUGCAUUCGCUAAGUUUUGCAGUUGCUGUGAUACCAGAGUGCAGGUCUGUACAUAUUAAUCUAGUAGACCAAAGUACUACUUAUAAUGUAGGCCAUCCUUCUGAGUUUGAGAGUUUUAAACUUUAGGACACCUCAUUCUUGAACUGCUGGAAGGGAAAGCCAAGUUGAUUGCUUUAUUCAGAGAUCCUGCCUUGCCUGUUCAGUCAUCGAUAUUGGAAGUUUGGGCAUUUAUGAUUCACUGCUGCCAGCAACUUGGUGACUUAUCGGUGGGUUGUUCAAGGCAGAAUAAUGGCUCUCCACGUGGAAACUGCUGUAAAAGCUGAGGCUAUUGUCCUGUCUUCAACAGGCAGUUUCUUCAUUUGCUGCUUCCAAAACACAUGCUAUGCUAAUUGUGUGCUAAAUCAUGCUAAUCUAAUUACAGCUGACCACUUCUGUUCUCUGCUUUUGAUGAAACUGUUCCCCACUGUUUGAACCUUGUCAUCAAGAUUACUGUUGUUGGAAAAGCUUGAAUGAUAAUUAGAUGUGAUUCCUUCUCUUUCAAGGCAAUAACCUGUCACACGCUAUUUCCCCUGGAAGUCAGUUCCCUUGCUUGGGAAUCCCUCUUUCUGGAAAAAUAACACACAAGAUGGGCAAAUUGAUUCCUAUUAAUCCAGUCAACUAAGGCCUACUCACCCCGAGAUUUUUAUGCUUCCUAUUGUGUCGAUAUGCACCAAUUCAGAGGCACCAUUUCUCUACAGUUCUCCAGUUCAUGUUGUUAAGAUUAACAGUCCAUAGUUUUCUCAACGUGAGGCAGGAAUCAGAGUUGCGUGAUGAAAAAGGCUUCAUUUCAGAUGUCUGGCUCGGUCUGAAAACCUGAUUGGUUUACUGACGAGUUUGACCAAGCCAUCUGAUUGGAAAGUGGGUUGUUAUGUAGCAGUCUUUAUGCUAACUAAUCUCCCAGAGAAGAUGUUUUUUGUGCUUUGACAUUUCACACAUGUUUUUUUUGAAAGGAUACGUAGAGAAGCUGUGUGGGUUGUGGAGUGCAUACUGAAUGGGCACUGUUACAUUAAAGGAUAGGAUAUAGGUUCUUUAAUCCAUUACCUGUACCACUGAUAUCUUUUUUUGUGAGAGAUUUCCUUAAAAAUAACAGCGCACCUUUCGUGCUGUUCUGGGCGUAGUGCACGGGGAGUGAGUGUGUGAUGCUCACUAACCCAUCAGUUUAAGCUGUUGAGUAUGUUAAUCUGUCCAUUUUUGAACAUGGUUAAAGAUAACCGUUGCAAAUAGCUAAUUGGCCUUGGAUACGAAGGUGAAGACUUAUAUAUGUUUUAUGAUUGCCCCAGACCAAUUCACUGAUUUCUAUCAUUGUUGAAAAAAAUAAAUAGUGCCUCAAUGUAAAUUUCUGCCUGUUUUCUUCACAUUAACAUUUUCCCUUCUUUUCUUCCAUCCUCUUAAUUUCUUUCCUCUUUUGGAACUUGGUGCAUUUUAUGUAGAGAUUAUGUUGCUUAAUGAGAUUUGUUUUCUUGUAUUUUGCAGUAAUUGUCAUGUACAAGUUCCUGGACCAUUUUUCAGAAGUUCUCAGUUUUGAAAUAAACUAUUUCCACCUUUUUUUAAAAAAAAGUUUCUUAUUUCUCAUGCUGGCUGCCUCUGAAAUAGGCAUAAAUUGCAUUUCAGAAAACAAAGUGUUUGGUUUGAUAAAUAUUUACGUGUGGUAAAUCAAAAUUACAUUGUAGCUGAAUGAUUCAGUUAAACUACACUGUCAGUUGUUAUAGCAUCAUACAGCAGUCAAUGCCCAACAUAAUCCCAAACUAAACAGCCCCUCCUGCCUGCUCCUGGCCCAUAUCCCUCCAAACCCUUAUUCAUGUAUCUAUCCAAAUGUCUUUUAAAUGUUGCCAUUGUACUUGCAUCUACCACUUCCUCAGGCAGUUCAUUCCAACCUCUGCAUAAAAAAUGUGUCUUUUAUAUCUUUUUUAAAUCUCUCUCCUCUCACCUUAAAAAUCUGUCCCCUGGUCUUUGAAAUCCCCCAUCCUGGGGAAACGACAAUAACCAUUAACUCUAUCUAUACCCCUCAUGAUUUUCUAAACUUCUGCAAGAUCGCCUAUCAACCCCCUAUGCUCCAGUGGAAAAAUAUCCCAGCCUGUCCAGUCUUCCUUCCUAACUCAAACCUUCCACUCACGGGCAGCGUCCCCUCAGCACACUCUGCAUAAAAAUACUAAGAUACUGAAUCAGCUGAACCACGCACUGUAGAUCAGAGCUCUCUGACCAAACCGGGAUGUGGAGUGAGGCUUUGGACAAGGAAGUGGGGGGUAAAUGUGCAGGAGAGGAAAGGAGGGAACAUUACAAUUUUUAACUCGGCCAACAUAUCGAUCUCUGCAGCUGGAUGUUGCGACAGGAUUUGUGUCAGCCUUAAGCUUCUCAAGUAAAUAGCUUUCUAAGACUUGCUGUUCCAAUUGAUUCAUGAGGAAAGACCAUUCAUUUGAUGUUGUGGGGAGCGUUGAGGACCUGUGGAACCUUGGGGCGGUGCUGAAUAGAAAACUGGGAGGAAGGAAAAGCUGUGACUGUCCAGUUUAAAGCAAUAAAUUAUUUGAUUUCAAUACACUGGAUUUGAACAAUUUGGUUCGAUGUGGAUAAUGUUCUGCUUUCAUUUAUGUUUGGCUGAGGGAUUUUCUACAACAGUCAGACCCAGAUGAACGUGUGAAAAUUGGAGCUGACUGCACUCUUGAUUUAGAUGUCUGUUCGGUAUUUAAGUUCCAUAGUCUGAAUUGCUGUAUCUGAUUAUUUUUUCUAAAAAAAAGCAAGAAGAUGGAUUUGUAAAUCAUUUUUAAAUUGAUUUUAUUUUUCACUUCAAAGCUUUAAUAAACGUGUUCAUAUA